AUCUGCCAACCUUUCACACGGGAGGCAGACAGGACAAGAAAGCUGAGCUGGUGGUGGUGGCGACCCCGAGAGGGCUCCAGACCCGAGGUGACCGUCAGCCACAGCCCUCUGGACUCGGAAGCAGCUGCGACCUCCAGUUCUCCGUGCUGGCUCUGCUGUGUCCCGGGAGCAUCUGCUUGCUUGGUCCGGGCUCAGUAGACUGAGCGAUGGGUCCUAGUGGGGACUGACCACCCUCACCUCUGUCCUCAACCCCUCCAGACCUCCCCUCCCUCUGCUUCCCUUGGGGCGAGCAGCUGUCUGCGCCGCCCCUUUCCUCUCCAGUGCCCCAUCUCCCCUUGCUUCUGUCCCUUCCUCCCCGGGACCCAUUCCCUGGGCCACCAUGGCCGCGGCCAUCGCCAGCGGCUUGAUCCGUCAGAAGCGGCAGGCGCGGGAGCAGCACUGGGACCGGCCCUCUGCCAGCAGGAGGCGGAGCAGCCCUAGCAAGAACCGCGGGCUUUGCAAUGGCAACCUGGUGGAUAUCUUCUCCAAAGUGCGCAUCUUCGGCCUCAAGAAGCGCAGGUUGCGGCGCCAAGAUCCCCAGCUCAAGGGCAUAGUGACCAGGUUAUAUUGCAGGCAAGGCUACUACUUGCAGAUGCACCCCGAUGGAGCUCUCGAUGGAACUAAGGAUGACAGCACCAAUUCCACACUGUUCAACCUCAUCCCAGUGGGACUGCGCGUUGUUGCCAUCCAGGGAGUGAAGACAGGGUUGUACAUAGCAAUGAAUGGAGAAGGUUACCUCUACCCAUCAGAACUUUUUACCCCUGAAUGCAAGUUUAAAGAGUCUGUUUUUGAAAACUAUUAUGUAAUCUACUCAUCCAUGCUGUACAGGCAACAGGAGUCUGGCAGAGCCUGGUUUUUGGGAUUAAAUAAGGAAGGGCAAGUUAUGAAAGGAAACAGAGUAAAGAAAACCAAACCAGCAGCUCAUUUUCUACCCAAGCCAUUGGAAGUUGCCAUGUACCGAGAACCAUCUUUGCAUGAUGUUGGUGAAACAGUUCCGAAAGCUGGGGUGACACCAAGCAAAAGUACAAGUGCAUCUGCAAUAAUGAAUGGAGGCAAACCAGUCAACAAGUGCAAGACCACAUAGCCAGAUCCUCAGGUGUCCUGACUUACUUGUCCCGAGCACAGUGGAGCGAUUUAUCCUUGCUAGACAUUCCUGCUCCGGUGGCGGAGAAGCCCCAGCAAGCAAGCUGACGCUUGUCCUAUGCUGUCUCAGACCUCCUUUGUUGCAAGUGGAUAAAUCUCAACCUGUGGUCCCCCUACACCAAGAAGACACCUGGACAAACCAGCUAAACUCAGACCAUGGAAUGCCCUACCAGAUAUGGAAUGCCUUUUUAAUAUCUUUUCUGUGACUGUGACACUUCAUGUGAAUGACAUACUUCACAAGUACACUCAAUACCUUGCCUGCUGACAGCUACCCAUAAUCCUUUUUGAGUCCUGUUUCAGCGAAAUCCAUGUGUUUAAGUUCAAUUUUGUAGCACACAAAUAAUAUUGAGUAAUUUCUAGUUAGAUGCUGUAAACCUGUGCUAUCAUGGAUUUCUCUUCUUUCCAUUUUUACAGGGCUGCUCGCUCCACUGUCUGUGACCUUUAGCAGGGAUUGUGUUCCUCUGAAUUUUCAAUGUUGCAGUUGGUUUGCUUAGGAGAACAAUUAGGGAAUCAGGAAGCCUUCUAAACUUAUUACUACAAAUAGUAUCUAUAAAGAUUAAGAUUGUUGUCUUUGGCUCACAUUAUCGAUUAAACACACAUAUAUGUUCUGUCUAGUAGGAGACGCUGUGCUCCCGAGGUAGGCAUUGCCUGGGUGGAACAAGGGUCAAACACAAUCUAUGGAAAGCGCUCUAUGAUAGGUGUUUGGCAUUCCCUCUUAGUUUCUUUAUGUGUGUGUGUUUUAUACAUAUCACAAGCUUACUGGUAAUGGUAACAUUUGCCUUGCCCAGCGAGCAAGACCCACUUAGUUUUUGAGAAAGUGGGUCCAAAGAAUUCUGUAGGCCUUGUAGGCCUGAUUAAGGUUCGUUUUAUUUUCAUCGAUUAAUAAUCAUUGGGAAAAAAAAGGAAUAAAAACCCAAAUCAUUACAACCUAUAAGAAAUAUGCUACCUAAAUCCAUUUUUGGCCCACUCCUUCCUGUUUUUAAUGAAGAUAACUCAGUGCCACACCUGAUUUGGGCUGCAUUCCAGUUAUACUCAACCUCAGCCAAGCAUGGGCAAGGCGGCUGUUGUGUUCUUUCCUGCAGCAGCAAUGCACACGUUAGUAUAAAUUAGACUUUAACAUUUUUGGUAUUUAAUGACAAGUUUUAAAACUGGAAAUAUUGGGGAUUUUGUUUGCUUCUUUGCUUUGGGUUUGUUUUGUUUGUUUUUGUUUUCUUUGUUUUGGUUUUAGCUCAUCAUGGGGCCUGGUAUCCUGGAUGUCAUCAGUAUGUACCUCUAAUUGAGCUCUGUGAGGCCCAACUGGGUGGGUUAGAGAUGACUUGUCAAUAUUUCAGAAUACAAUUUUUUGAGUACCCUAAAUAAAACUAAAGACAACCCAACACACUCCAGCAUUAGGGGUUUGGGCCAUUUGAUUUGUUUAAUUUUAUUUUAUUGAUUUAAUUUCAUUUUAAAUUGAAUUCUGUAGAACUCCAAGUUUAAGGAUACUUAAAAAGACUGUGAAUUGCUGGAGAUACACCUUGAAGAUUUCAUGCGAAAUGUUCAAUAUCAGAUAUAAAAAGCUUCAAAAUGUUUAGUACUAAACUGUUUGGAAAAAUAUUUGUUAACUGUAUGUACACUUAAUAAAAUACCAUGUUUUCUUCUCAGAAGAGUUCAUUGAGACCAAACUGAACCUCUUUUAUAGAAAAAAGUUGAUGUGGGAUCAAUGUACUGGCCUCUUGUUAUUACUUAUUUUCACAAAGCAGGAUGACCCACUUGCCACUGCCCCCAACUGCACUGUACUUACUGGGAAAUUAUUUUCUCAUUGCUUUCACGAAUCUUCAUGACAGCCUUUGCCCAGCAUAGAAAAAUUUUGGCUUGCUUAGCUAAUUAAAGAUUCAGUAUAAAUUUAAGUGUUUAGGCUCAUUUCAUUUUCAUACUAGAUUCCAUUUUAAUAAAUAAACAUUAGCAAAAUCUUUAAAUAGGUUUAUUGUCAAUAAUGCUAAAUUGCAAAUGCAACAAAAUGACCCCUUUAACCACUCCUGAUUUGGUGUUAUGCAUUAUUACAUAAAACUCAUUAGCUGAAUAUUUAGGGAAGACAUGCAUCUUUAGUAUGUGGUGAAUAUAAAUAGCUUGUAAUUCUUAUUAGUUGAGCUUAUAGACACUGUUUAUACCCCUCUCCAUGCACACACAUCCCAAACCAGCCUACCUUUCUGUUUUUGAUAAUCAACACUACUUGAGAUUUCUGUUCUCAAGACCUAUUUACUGGUUAAAAUUGAGGCAAGAUUUAUUUUUGUAAAUGACUAAGAUUUAUGUUAAUGUUUCCUUCUGCUGUGUUUCCCAAGAGAUGUCUAUAAGAACAUUUAUUACUAUAAGUAGGUAUUCAAAUGGUUUAUUCUAAUAUAUGUUUAGACACAUUACAAUGGGGUCCUUGUUAUCUUUGAUUUAGUUAGACCAUUUCCUUUGUGUCUGGUCUCACCUGUUGCAUGGAAAGAGGAAAGCACCAAAUGAUCUGCAUGUACUAGGACUCAUGUAUCCAGAAGUGCUGGUAUGUAUUAUUCAAUUUACAUACAGAGAGAUUGUCUGUAUUGUACAAUUUGUGUUUCUUAUCAUUUGUUGUGUUCAUAGCUAUGACAUAUCAAAUCAAAUACUUAUAUGAAGGCAUAUGGAAACCACAAAAUAAUUUUGUGUAACAAAAUAGCAUUAUAUCACCCCAAAUAUAGAGAACUCUCAUGUAAAUAAGUUGAUAAACUCAAUUUUCCCCCUUUACCAUGCCAAAGAAAAUUUUAGCUCUUUGAUGAUACCUCUCUUGCUACUUUUCUGAAACAAGGUCAUCAUUCCUUCCCUCAGAAAUUAAGUUUGCUAUCAUUAAAUGCAAUCUGUCAUCACUGAUGAUCUGUGUAGUAAAUCUGAUGGAACACAUUAGUAUUUAUAGACUGUGUGUUUUAUAUCUUCCCGUAUGUAUGUUCAUUGUACCAAGUCUAUAGAAGACCCAUUCCUUCUGCAUGCAUAUCUGGUGGGGGAGGGUUAGUUCUAUCACCUUUUUAUGGUACCUGAUUGCUUUGCUUAGCCACCAACAGUGCU